AUGGUGACACUGGGCGAUGAAACGCUGGAUCUGGCGACCGAGAGGCUCGCCGUGUAUCGCAGCAAAGAUGACCUCUCGGAAAUCCUGGAGCAAUACUCCACCCUCAUCGAAAGCUACAAGCGCCUGAAGAGCGACUACGAGGAGGAGCGCGAGCUACGAGAGCGGUACAAGCAGCGGGCGCGCCGCCAUGAACGCAACCCAUUUGCGCUGGUCGUGGUGGAUGGCGAUGGCUACGUCUUCGACGAGGCCUUUAUCCGGGAGGGGGAGGAGGGAGGUAUCAGAGCAGCCAAACAGCUCAACGAUACCAUCAAGGACAGCCUUCGUCGCAAAGGCAUCGACGGAUGCGAGAUCAUGGUUCGCGUAUACGCAAACCUCGUCGGCCUGUCCAAGCAUCUAAACAAGAACGGGCUCUGCGGCGCCGAGAAGCGGUCGCUCUCGUCGUUUACCGCGGGCUUCAACAGGUCUUACGGCCUGACCGACUUCGUCGAUGCGGGCGAGCUUAAAGAGAAUGCUGACCACAAAAUGAAGGCCAUGUUGCGGCUGUACGCCGAGAACGCCCAAUGCAAGCACAUCUAUUUCGCCGCAUGCCACGACGUGGGCUAUGUCGCCGACCUUACUCCCUAUAGGGGUAACGCGGACUUGUUUACCUUGAUCCGCACACCAAGCGUGCGAUUCCAUCCCGAGUUCGACAAGCUCGGCAUGAGCACCGAGGAGCUCCACGGAGUCUUCCGCCAAAAUAGCCUUGUCUCCUACUCCCCCGGCCCCAUCCAGAACUCGAAAUUUACGCCUCUGGCUAUGCGGAAUGCCGACCUACCUACCAACGCUCUGCAACCCAUCUCGGCGAACGAUAACGGCACGCGCUGCACCUUCUAUGCCGCCGGUAAAUGCAGAAACGGCAAUAACUGCAAAUUCUCCCACGUCGAUACCAAGCGGCACCUCUCAAAGACCAACUAUAAUGGCCAACCAACGUCGCAUAUGAGCGACAGCUGGAGGGACAAGCCCGCGGAUCGCGACCCCGACUCGUAUUACACGAAAAAAGACACGUCCACAUUGCCCAAGCACGAAGAUAUCCCGGCCGGCUUUGUGGCGAUUAACAGAAACGGAGACCGCCUCGACCCUUACAUCCCCUCGCCAUCAACCAACGCCCUUAAGCGAUUCAAGGCAAUCUCGGGCCCUACGAAGCUUUGCAACAAAAAGCACCUCAUCGACGCCUGCUACGACGAGCACUGCGAAUACGACCAUAGUCCGGUCCCCGCCGACCUGAUGCCCAUCCUCGAGCUCAUGUCGCGCACUAUGCCGUGCCCUAAGCGCGGCGCCUGCCGGAAGCCCAACUGCAUCGCCGGCCACGUCUGCCAGAAGAUGGACUGCCGGCGCCGAGGCGGCAAGGCCCCGUGCCGCUUCCCGCAGAACAUGUGCCUGGGCGAUUUCGAAAUGGAACGCGUCGUCCCUGCGGUCGCGCCCGGCUCCAACUGGGAGGACGCGCAGAGCUCGGGGAGCGGUGGCAUUCCGAUGGAGGAAUCCGAGGAUGGCGUGAGCAUCUUGGACGAUACUCUGACGACCUCUGGCUCCGUAGCUUAA